CCGACUGGCAGAGCGCAUGUGGACUGCCACUCUGCCCGGGACUGAACGCGCAAUGAAGAGGAGCAACAUAGCCGGACUCAUUUUCUGAUCUAUAAGAUGAGAGCCUUGGUGUUGAGGCUGAAGAGUUCAGGAGGAUUUGUACCGGGAAGAUUAACAGUUCGCGCAGGAGAAAUGUCCACAACUGCAAGUCCAACCAUCCCCUCCUUUCAGCUGACAUCUGAUCAACUCACAGUGGUCGCUGCGUCCUUAGUUUCCUCUCUGGUGUUCUUCGUGGUUAUCGUGGUGCUGCUGUCCAUCAUCUACCGCAAGGACCCUCAGUGCUGCAAACUCUGCUCCUAUCAGGGGCCACAUGCAGAUAUGGGCGCUCCCUCUCUGUACCACAGCAGCAGACAGACACUGGUCGCAUCUCCUUGUCUGGAGCAGACGCAGAUCACUGAUGACAGCAGCACUGAGGCAGGUCAGCUGUUCUACAUCGGCCUGCCCUCCAGCUACAGCCUGCCUGCAUUGGAGGCCCCCCUGCCGAGGCUCCCAUCCUACGAGAGCGUCCGGAAAAAGGACCGCCAGAGGCAGAUCCACAUGAUGAUCGCAGAUCGUUUUGGCCUCAAUGGACCCAUUGUGACUGAGCCUCCUCCAACAUAUGAGGAGAGCAUCCGUCAGUCGGUGGAGCUGCCGUACAACAUCCUCUCACCCAGCCUGGGCGUCUCCUCUCCUCCGAGUUUCUACACUAACACAGGAGCCAUGGUUCAGACUAACACAGCUCAUCCGGUUAACUCUGAGACCACCAACACUACUGUCCUACCAGUGUGAUGCUGAUCAAACCAUCAAGCUGUCUGGUGAAUGUGAAGGAGAUUUGUGAUCUUUAAAGCAGAUGAAGUUACACAAUUGAUUUUACGGUCACAACUGGACCCUCACACUUUUGUACAAGAUGGUUCUGAUACCUCAGGAGCUAAUGUUGAUCAUGAGCUGACAGGCAACCAAAAAAGGAGCUGCACACCCUGCAGGGAAGGACACAUCUGAAUGUUUAAAAUACUUUGUGAUGUUUACUGUGCUCCACCAUGCUGAUGAAUUUCAAAAGAGAAACACUGGAUACUCAUGAGCUAAGGUGGCUGGCACUUCUUGAAAAGGGCAGGGAAGAGGAGAUCUGUGGACUGCAGAACUGAAACACGCCAAAAAGGGAACGGCUAUUUACUUUGCUGAUUACAGUGACAUGUAUUAAACUCUGCUCAUCGACAUGUGUUUUCACAGUUAGCUCUUCUCCUUUAUUCUGCUGUCCCGUAACGGGAAACCUCAUUGCGUGGUUUUUAAAGAGGUCUGUUUGAUCAGGAGCUGCUGUAAAGCGGGUUUCUUUACCCCGCUGACGCAGUGCCGUGCUGCUCCAGUUUGAGGUCAGUGAGAGGGAGAAUAAAAAAGGUGCUAAUGAGAGUGCCUUUCAUAGACUUAAAACUAGACAUUUAUUACAAAACCCUCAUCUUUACCACUUCUUUUAGAUUUUCUUUUUUCGCAUCAGAUUCAAGCCGUAUGAUUUAUUGAUGUUUUUAUGGUCUGAGUGAGUUUAUUUCUUCUUCUGUUUGCCCUGCAUAUGUCUCGUACUGUA